ACCAUUCUCUCUGUCGAGACACUCACGGGUAGAAGUUGAUUGCCAAAUUUUAUUAAAGUUGUUGAAAGGUUCCGAUGAAUCAUCUUGAACUCAUAUACAAAUUUUUAUUCACUCCAAGACAUGUAACACGGUGGCGCAUCAAUUUGCUACCCAUGCACGACGUUGGAAAUUUGGAAAGUUGGUUGGAAGAACAUCCACUCAUUGAUGACCAACGUUUGUCAUUGUCCAUGUUCUCUUUCCGCUGUUUCUCAUCCCUAUAGCUCAAGCAUAAGUCCUUCACUUAUCAUUGGUCAAUCCAACCUUACUGUGAAUAAUUUUCUCGCUGGACCAAUAAUAGCGGAGUUCCAAUCAUCAUCAAAGAAUUCUCGUUUGGUGGUCGAAGAAAUUCUGUCACUUGUUCGAAUCCCCAAAAACCCCAUUGUUUAUUUCAUUUCGUAGAUUCUUUCAUCAUCUUCAUCUUCAGUGUUCUGAUUCCUCCUGUUUGAUUCCCAGUUCUGAUUAGACCCACUUCGUCACAAUGAAGCAUAAGAAGGAUUAGACUCAGAAUCGUGAUCAACGCAAUCUACACCAUGAUCAAUCACCUUGACACCAAAGACAAUCCCUAUGUUCAUUAUUCCUCUGCUUCCACAUCUCCAAAUGGGAAAUCAGAUAAGAUGUCGGAAGUGUUGGAUCGGUGUGGGAAGAGGUUUGCAGAUUGUUCUAAGAUGGUAGAGGCUGCAGCAGAUGGCAUCUGGAAUCACUUGAAACUUAGUUCUAGUGUCACUGAUGCGGCCAUGGCCAGGCUUCAUCAAGGAACGAAGUUAGUUACAGAAGGUGGCUAUAAAAAAGUAUUCCAACAGACGUUUGGUUUCGUCGACGGAGACAAAUACUUGGACUUCUUUGCUUGCUAUCUGUCCACUUCCUCUGGGCCUGUGAAUGGGACUUUGUACAUAUCCACAAAAAGGGUGGCCUUUUGUAGUGAGUUUCCUCUUUGUUACUAUCCAUCUCCUGGCGAGCCACAGUGGAUCCUUUACAAGGUGAUGAUAGCGGUUGAUCAGUUGGGGAAAAUCAAUGCUUCUUCAAACCUUAUGGACCCCUCACAAAAAUACAUCCAAGUAAUCACGAGGGACUCUCAUGAAUUCUGGUUCAUGGGAUUCAUAUCAUAUAACAAGGCUGUCAAGACUUUAACUGAUGCAUUGCAGCGAUCCCGUGCCUAGGUAGGACUCGAAGGAUACCAAAAUGAAACCGUUUCCUCUCACAAUCUCGUGCCUACCUAAACCAACACUUCCUUCUAUACUCUUUACAUAUAUUUUCCUGUUUUAGUUAAAGGGUAUAAACGAUAAUAAUCAUUGAACGUAGAUUCUGAAAUGUGCAUGACCCCUAUUUAACUAUGAGAUACAUAUUCGAAAUUCGUUUACUAAUGCCAAGCUGUCGGUCACAUUGUGACAGGAGAAAUUUGUGUUAUUUUUAUAAAUAAGUUUAUAAAAUAAAGUUGUUUGUAUCUUACA